AUGCUGUCCCGAGCGGUGGUUCGGUGGCGCCGGGACCUGCCGACCUCCGCGCCCUCUGCGAGAGGCCCCUCGAAACUUAAGGAUUCUUUCUACGUCGAGGACAUUUCCAAGAUCGAGCAGACGGACCUCGAGUUUCCCGGACAGGCGGCGUCGGUCAUGCUGAACCAGGUCUGGACGGAGAUCACGCACGCCGGCCGGUUCCUGCUGGACACAGUGCAACUGUUGGGUCGUUGGGGCAGUGACGCCGUCAAGGUCUACGUGCAAGAAGCUCCUUUGUAUCGCGGCGACCCACAUCACCGAGGACACGAGAACGACAAGCCCGAACAGAUCAGUGAGAUGGUCGAGCAUUACCUCGAGACGCUGCGACAGAAGUUCUGGGUGGUCAACACCUCCCGGGUCUCCGAGACGUCCACCGACAGCGAUGGAUCGGUUGGACAGUAUCGCAUGAACACGAUUCGGAAGUGGCGUCUCCUUCGCUGCCGCAUUGAGAUCAAAGUGAUCAUGGCGGAUGCUACCCUCACCGAUGCCGCCGCCCUGGCCGGAAUAGAUCUCUCGACAGAUCGCCUCGCCAGGUACCUACAUGCCAUCGGCAUUCGCUCACACGCGACCAUCGCAGCCUAUGUGCACGAAGACGCCGUGGUCAACGACCUCAUCACCAAGCUCAAAGCUGGAGUGACAGUGGGCACCACCGAGUACAAGCUCGCCGACAUUGAAAGCACAGCGGCGCAACCCGACAAGGAUACGAUGCCCAAAUCCUUGCCUGCGGGGGUCUACUCCAAGCUCGUCGAGGAUUACAACUCCAUUACCAUCGACGGUGUGCGUAGAACCUUUCCAGAGAAGUUGCUCUUGGGAGCCGAAAAGGUUCUAGCUCGGAUGUACCACGAACACCACACUUCCAAACUGUACACGGCGACACCGUUGGGGGAGAUUAUGGCACAGCGAGUCUGGACCAGCUUCAACACCAUCAACUCGAACCGCAAGAAAGACUCCUCCGAGAAGAAGCUCAUCCUGGACGACAAGAAUCAGAUCUCCGAGAAGUCACAGGAGGAGUGGGAUGUGCGUGGUCAAUGGAUGCUCAUCGACGCUACUCAGGCCAUCCGCUGGGCUUGGAUCCUGCUCAAGUACGACUCCGAGACCUCCAUCAACAAAUACGUCGAUUGGUUCCAGGGAUUGAUACGCAAGAAUUCACAGCGGACAUUCACUGCCAUCACAGAAGAUCUCAUGGUGGACGUCGCGAAAGUCAACGAGAUCUUGCACCAACCUUUGACGAAGAAGACCAGGAAAAGGGCGACGAUACCGAACAGCGUCUCCUUCGACAUCACAGACGACAUGGGCACAGUGGCCCACGUCCUCCCCUCCAUGGCAACCGCAACCUACAACGUGGACGUGGCCGCCAACUCCCCCGACAUGGUCGACUCCGAUGCCGUCGGCCCCGACGCCGCCCACUCCGACCCCGACGGUGCCCUUCAAUCCGGCGCCGAUGGCGCAACCGCGACCGACCUGGUCGCACAAGGGCUGUCCCGCGGCACUGGAGCCGACCAUCGAAUCACUGACGAUGACAAUAGAGUGUCCACCCUUUGCAAGAGCCUUGUUGGCCACCUUCCUGUUGUCCACUUGUCCUUCUUCGAUGGUAUCGGCGUAGCAUCCGAAGCCUUGCGUCGCAUAUCUGACAACGUCCUUCUCACUAUGUCUUGGGAAACGAACACAGCAUGUGCAGACUUUACGCACGAACGAUUUGGGUCGAUACAGAUGGGCGACGUCGCAGACAUCGACAUCGACAAGAUAGCCGCCUACAUCGACCAACAGUUGGGACAACAACAGUUCAUCUUGCUCAUCACAGCUGGUCCACCUUGCCCAGAUUUUUCUCGGAUGAAGAAAUCCCCGAAAGGAGCAGAUGGAGACUCUGGAUGGAUGUUCAAGCACAUGAUCGACGUCGAGUACAACCUUCGCCUACGAUUCCAGGGAAGGCCGUUCGAGACAGUCAUAGAGAACGUCGUGCCACAUCCCUCUCUUCGAGAUCGCUUACUCGAGAUGACAGAACCUUCGUGCAUGCGCCCCGUAGUCAUUGACGCGUCUGACGGCGGCUUGGUACAAAGGAAGCGUCUCUGGUGGACAUCUAUCGACUGGCAGGAUGUCGAGAACAAGCUCGCACGAAAUACGCCAUGGUCGACCUCUUGGAAGACGGAUGACGACUGGCCGCGAGCCCACUGGCAGGCCCACGCCUCGUACGAAUCGUUUGCGACAAAUGUCCCCCUCUAUACUACACAUAGAUGGCAAGAUGACCAUCAUCGAUAUCCUCCGUGGCAGUACGAGGAGCAGUUCUUAGUACAGUGGCCCGACGGCACGUCCUCCACGGCACCUACAGAACUCCGCGAGCAGCUCCAAGGACUACCAGUGGGAUACACCGAGAAACUCGCCGGAGACACGCAACGCGAUGUGGCCCUGGGGAAUGCCUGGCACCUUCCUACGGCCAUUUGGAUCCUCUUCUUGGUCUUGCUCGGGACAGCAGAAGCGGCACGCGGUGGAUGUGAGUACAUGCCGCAGUUCUCCUGGACGGAACACCUGGAUUGGGCCCUACAUCGCGACACCAACAUGACGCCUAAGGAACUCGACCCGACGCUUACUUGGUGCCUCGAACAUAGACAUCUGUUUCACCCUCUGGCACGAUUCCAACACGAUGUCAUCUCCGAGAUCAGAGAUUGGGUGGUGGACUUCGACGAGCACACCAUGGCCUGGUUUCGCACUCUUCCUCCGCAUGUACAACGAGCAUACACACACAAAGACUCUGUGACACAAAUCCCUAUCUUGAUACAUUUGCAACGCCGAUUGGGAUACCCGCAGACAGAGGUCUUGUACCGGGAAUUGUCAGAUGGAUUUCCUCUGAUGGGCAAACUUACACCAGGAGUCAACUGGCAUGUCCGACAGGAUCGUAAGUAUCUACAACCCACGCCGAUGGAAGAUUUCCAGCACAAGAAUCGCGAAUACAUCCGGGACAAACUCGAGGCAAAUCGAGUCGACGAGCAUUGGAAGUUCAUGCUGGAUGAGAUCCUGGCAGAAGUUAAGUUGGGCCGGAUGAACGGUCCGUUCAAGGAGAAGAUUGGAGGCGGAGCGGUCACAACGCUUACGUGCAUCAUGGACGACCAGCCUUUCCGCCACACUCCCGACCACUUGGUCUCCUUGAGCCUCGCCUUCCUCGAGAAGAACCGCACGAUGCCACUACGAGUCUGGGGACACGACCACGAUGGUGCAUAUCGUCAAUUACCGCUACAUGAUCCUCGACAAGCCUACGUCCUGCUUUUGACACCGUUCGGCCCUACCAUGUGGAGUCACGACGUGCUUCUCUUCGGGUCUGCCGCGAGCGUCUGGUCUUACAAUCGCUUUGGCGACGUCCUAGUGGCGUGCAGCCGCACGCUCGUGUUGUCGCCAGCGCUUCACUACGUCGAUGACUACGGCUCCAUGGAAGACGGUGUCUUGAUCUCCUCCGACCCGAACAACCUCAUCCUGACCCCAUGCCCGGCAAGAGUACAAGCGAUGACACAACAGAUUGAGAAACACCUGGAGACGAACAACCUCACUCCCGAAGAAGCUCGGAAGAUGGCUGGCAAGUGCAACUUCCUCACCGGGCGUCUGUUCGGCAAGGUCGGACGUGCCCCACUCAAGGCGCUUCAUGCCAGAGCCAAUUGUUUUUCUCACCAACUCGACAAACGGACCAGAUCUUCCUUGAUGGCACUGCGCGACAUCAUCUUGCAUUGCCAACCGAUGACUAUCCCGCGGAACCCGACUUUUCGUGCCUAUAGUGUCAUUUACACCGACGCCUACUUCAAGCUUCAAG